UUUACUAUAAAAAGCAAUGUGGCUUUGGCCAGCGAUUAGAGAACUGAAAAGUCUAGCAAAAUGAGGGCUACUCUGGCAUUGACUCUGCUGCUCAGCUGCCUGACAGGGAUUCUGUCGCAACACAUGAACAUGGAUUCAGCGGUGACUAAAGAAGUGGUAGAGGGUUGCCUGAAGGAAAAUGGAGUUUCUACCGAUGACUUGGCAGACCUGCAGAGCGGCAAGGUGAAGUCUUCAGAUGCCAAAGACAACGUCAAGUGCGCCACCCUGUGUAUACUGGUGAAGAGCGGCUACAUGGACUCCACUGGCAGUUUGCUGACCGAGAAGAUCAAGCAGCAAUUUGUUAACUCGCCCCUCAGUGCCGCCGUGGAGAAGGAUCUGGAAAGGUGCAGCAAGGUCAAGGGUGCCAAUGCCUGCGAUACUGCCUUCCAGGUGCUGGCAUGUUUCCAGAUGCAGAACAAUCAAGGCUAGGAAUACCAAUAUCCUUCCAAAAGAGCAAAAAAAGUGAGCUGCAAAACCUAUUAGAUCCUGAAUUGUACCAAAAACAGCAUUCAAUGUAAUACAUAGUAACAAAUACACGUCUUUACAAGUUUUUCAAAACGUA